GGAAGAGAAACAAAGUGAGGGCUGUGGUCUCCUUUAAGGGUCCGGUUGUCCUCACAGAGACAGUCCAUUGUGUGGAGUCCUCCCUGUGGGCGUGGCCCUGAUCCUCGGGAGGAGACAGAUGGAGGACAAAGAGGACACAGUGGUCUGACAGCGGACUCGACGUGGUCCUGGGUCCGGGUCCGGCUCUGGUCCCGACACGAUGAGCCGUCCGGACCGCCGGCUCGGCGCUCUGGUUCCAGGUUUUUCUUCGGUCCGGUUCUUCUUGGUUCUGCUGACGGCGCUGCAGACGGACUCCGAGCCCGCAGACAGUCAGUAUGAAGUGGUCCAUCCCAUCAGAGUGGAUGCCAAAGGUCGCUUCCUCUCCAACAUCCUGUCUUACCGCGCCAGUCGCGUCCGUCGGAUGGCGUCAGAGGAGUCAGCGUCAGAGCGAGUUUUCUACCGGUGGUGGCACGGCGGCCACAGUUUACACUUCAACCUCACCCUCAACCCAAACCUGCUGGCACCGGGUUUCCUGACAGAGAGGAGGCACGGUGGCUUGGCCGGAGCCAACAUCCAGCCCGCCAGAUCGUCCCGGUGCUAUUUCUUAGGUGAAGUGUGGAACGAGGCCGCGGUAAGAGGGACUGCCGCCAUAAGUACCUGUCAUGGACUGACGGGACUUUUCAAGUUGUCAGAUGAAGAGUUCUUCAUCCAGCCUCUGGAAGAGUCCAGCGAUGAGACGUCAGCGCCUCAGGCUCAUGUCGUCUACAAACGCCACACCUCUCCUCACUCCUGGAGCCACGUGGUCCGACCCAUCUCAGGGAAACAGACUGUCAACGGUACCUGCGGAGUCCAAAAUUCCUAUCAGAGCUUUGAAGACACUGAAAGGCGACGGGAGCGCUGGGAGCAGCGCCAUCGAGGGCGGAGGAGGAGGAUUGACCGGCGCUCGGUUAGCACAGAGAAGUGGGUGGAAACACUGGUGGUGGCUGACCCCAAAAUGGUGGAGUACCACGGGAGCCGCGCCGUGGAGAGCUACGUCCUCGCUGUGAUGAACAUCGUGUCCGGUCUGUUCCAAGAUUCCAGCAUCGGAAAUGCCAUCAACAUUGUGGUUGUUCGGCUUGUCCUCCUGGAGCAGGAUGAGGAUGAGUUGAAGAUUACACACCAUGCUGACAACAGCCUGAACAGUUUUUGCAAAUGGCAAAAAAAACUCAACACAAAGGGAGACGAACACCCACUGCACCACGACGUGGCCGUUCUGCUCACCAGGAAGGACAUCUGUGCCGCCGUCAACACGCCCUGUGAGACGCUGGGUUUGUCUCAUGUGGCCGGAAUGUGUCAGCCGCACCGCAGCUGCAGCAUUAGUGAGGACACGGGUCUGCCGUUAGCCUUCACCGUAGCCCACGAGCUGGGACACAACUUUGGGAUUCAGCAUGACGGCAGUGGAAACGACUGUGAGCCUGUUGGGAAAAGACCUUUCGUCAUGUCUCCACAGCUCCUGUAUGGCACCUUCCUGCCCCGCUGGUCACACUGCAGUCGUCAGUAUAUCACCCGCUUCCUUGACCGCGGUUGGGGCUGGUGCCUCGAUGAUGCGCCGGUGAACGAUAGGUUGGCGGUGAACUCGGUGCUCCCUGGCGUUGUCUACACUGCUGCCCAUCAGUGCCAGCUGCAGUACGGGUCGGGAUCCCUGCUGUGUGACGACACGGACAAUGUGUGCAGCACUCUGUGGUGCACGGUGGGAACAACCUGUCACUCAAAGCUGGACGGUGCCGUGGAUGGAACCAGCUGUGGCGAGGACAAGUGGUGUGUGAGUGGUGAGUGUGUGUCUGUGGGACAUCACUUUGAGAGUGUGCCGGGCAGCUGGGGCUCGUGGACCGAGUGGUCGUCCUGUUCUCGCUCCUGUGGAGCUGGAGUCCAGACCUCCCAAAGAGACUGUGACAAUCCACGUCCAAAGCACAGGGGGAGGUACUGCCUCGGAGAGCGACGUCGGUACAGGAUCUGCAACACCACACCGUGUGCUCUGGAGCAUCCCACCUUCAGAGACAUCCAGUGUAGCCACUUCAACUCCGUGCCCUACAAGGAGAAGUUCUACAAGUGGGCAGCCGUCAUCAACAAAGUCAAUCCUUGCGAGCUGCACUGCCGCCCACUGAAUGAACAUUUUUCUGAGAAGAUGCUGGACACUGUCACCGAUGGAACACGAUGCUACGAAGGCAGCAAAAGCCGCGAUAUGUGCAUCAAUGGCAUCUGUAAGAGAGUCGGCUGUGACUAUGUGAUCGGUUCAGACGCUGCCGAGGAUCGCUGCGGCGUUUGUCUGGGCAACGGUUCCACUUGUACCACAGUGAGGAGAACCUUUGAGAAGAGCGAAGGACUCGGCUACGUCGACGUUGGACUGAUCCCAGAGGGAUCAUGGGACAUCCGGAUUGAGGAAGUGGCUGAAGCUGGAAAUUUCUUGGCUCUGCGAAGCGACAAUGCAGACAAGUAUUUUCUGAAUGGCGGCUGGACGAUCCAGUGGAACGGCGAUUACAAAGCAGCCGGUGCCGUGUUCACCUACAAAAGAACAGGACACCUGGAGAACCUGACUUCUUCUGGUCCUACCUUGGAACCUUUGUGGAUUCAGCUUCUCUUUCAGGAGACCAAUCCAGGAGUGCGUUAUGAAUACACAAUCAGUCAAAAUGUCUCCGAGGAAAAUAACAUCCCUGUGUUGAGUUUCUUCUGGAAAUAUGGUUCGUGGACACCCUGCAGUGCCACCUGUGGAACGGGGGUUCAGAGGCAGAUUGUCCACUGUGUGGAGAAAACAACUGGGAUUGUGGAGAAGCACUUCUGUGACCCGCUAACCCAAGCUGACGACAGACAAAUCAGCUGUAAGAAGGAGGCGUGUCCAGCUGUAUGGUGGGUCGGCGAGUGGCAGAAAUGCUCUUCCAGCUGUGGCAGGUUGGGUUUGACUAAACGGACGGUGAUGUGCGUGCGGGCGGUAAGUGUGGACGAGGAGCGAGUCCUGCAGCCUUGUGAGUGCAGACACGUGCAGCGACCCGAGUCCGUGUCCUCCUGCAACACGCACGUCCUCUGUCCGGCUGAUUGGACCUCUGGUGAAUGGUCUCAGUGCUCAAUGACAUGUGGAAGUGGCGUGCGCCGGCGGAUGGUGUCGUGCACCAGAAACACGGGCGUCGACUGCGAUCCACAAAAGAAGCCGCCUUCUGUCUCCUCCUGCCACCUCCGGGACUGUGUGCAGGAAGAGGAUCAUCUCACAGGAGGCGACUGGUCAGGAAGCGGCUGGACGAGCAAAGAAGUGCUCAAUGAAAUCAACGCCAUUUUUGAAGACAAGGCUCCGCCCAAACACGGGACAGUCAGAACAGUAAAUCAGAAGGACUUAAACAACAUUAUCGAGGCAGAUUUCUCCGACCAAAACAACAUUGAGAAUAUCGAUCAUUCCCUGAAUAGCAUCAAAGUUGAUGAUUUCUAUUAUGACUAUAACUUCAUCAACUUCCAUGAAGACCUGUCAGAUGACUUUGAAACUAAAGAAAGUGACUUAAUGAAUGACACUCAUUUACAAAAGCCGAGUCACAAUGUGAGUGACAAUCCUUCAAACCCUCCGGUGGCUUCAAAACCCACUUCCUUCACUGGUGUCAAACUGCAGGAUGCAACUCUGGACAAUGUGGAGGACAAAGAAAACACAGCUUCAAAGGAAUGGAAUGAAAUGAAUUUUAAAAAUAUGGAUGUUUUUCUUUCUGAGGAUUAUCUGUUGCCUGUGUUGAACACUCCAUCACCGUCCAUUCAUGGAACCAGGUCUACACAAAAAGUCAAAGAGCGACAUGGCCAUCUUUGGCGACCAGAACAUAACAUGUCUGAUGUCGGAUUUGGUCAACAGGAUGUGGAACAGUCCCGCGAUCAGACUGAAAAUUACUACGAAGAUUUCACUGAGGAUCCUCCACCAAAACAUGUUACUUCUGCCCCCAACCAUCAAACUACAAACUACAUCCUGCCAACCACAGCGACUGGUCACGAGGCUGAGAUGUUGGAUGGAUCCAGGUACAGUUACACUGACAAGACUACACAAGGACCACGUAUCUCCACAGCCCAAGAACCUGUAAACAGGCCAGGAGUCUCUCCAUUUGCUGAGACUAUAGUCCUGGACCAGACUUACAGUCAUCCUCCCCAACUGGAUGAAGUUGUUUCAGAAAUGUCUCAAACAAUCAGUCAGCUCUCCAGGUCCAUUCCAAAUGGGCCACAUUUGAAUCUGGGCACAAAUGUCAAUAUCAAGUACGAUUCAGAAUUUCCUGAUGGUUAUCUCAGUUUGACCUCAUCACCUGUUUCUGAUAAAUUUAACCCGCCAACCUCAGGUGACCAGCAGACCUCUGAUAGCAAAACGACAACAAGUAGAACAGAUUUCUUACCUCCUCCAAACCUGGAAGUGGCCACUCUGCCUUCUCCGGUGGAUUUCCACACAGCUAUGGAUUUGCUACUACCUGAAUCUGACCUGGAUGAAAGAGCUGGAACAUAUUCCACAAGUGAAAACCUGUCCGAGGAUCAAAGUGUUUUUGACUAUAAUGAAAUCAUCAUUCCUGUAAUCCUGAGCACCAGCAGUGAGGGUGACCCAACACACCUGCGUCCACUGAGCACAGCAGCACCUCAUCAAGACAACACAGUGCCGGCGCCGCGCACCCGCUCCCCCGUCGUGCCCGAGGCAUCGACUCACCCGCCUGGUCUGAGGUCAGCUUCUGUCCCAACACCAUCUUCCAUACGACUCCCAAAAGCCGCUUACUGGGUCACGGGCAACUGGAGCACAUGCUCCACCACCUGUGGUCUGGGUGCCAUCUGGAGGACUUUGGCCUGCAGUACUGGAUCAGAUUCUGAUUGUGAUCCGACUAAGAGACCUGUUCCAGCCCAACGAUGUUACCUGCGUCCGUGCUCUACCUGGAAGAUUGGAGAAUGGAAUAAGUGCUCCAGGAAUUGUGAUGGUGGACUGAAAACAAGAGAUGUCCAGUGUUAUGAUUUGCGUCAUCAGCGCCCACUCCGACCUUUCCACUGCCGGGUCAUGUCCUCCAGGCCACCGUCCCAGAUGCCCUGUAAUCUUGAGCCUUGUCUCGACUGGUACACCUCCUCAUGGGGUCAAUGCUCUGAGGUAUGUGGAGGAGGUGAGCAGCAGCGUAUCGUCACGUGUCCAGAGGAGAUCCGGUGUGACUUGAACCUUCAGCCGAGCAGCAUCCAGCCGUGUAACCUCCAGCCCUGUGCUCAGUGGCUCAGUGGAUCGUGGGGGCAGUGUUCAGCAUCCUGCGGCGGCGGUGAACAGCGUCGACUCAUCAAGUGCAUAAACAUGAAGGUUGAGCCAGAAGAAGAAGUGGAUGAAGACCAGUGCGACCAUGAGCCACAACCCGAAAAACUCCAGAAAUGUAACCUACAUGCAUGUGAGAGCACCACUGCUGUUCUCCAGAUAAAAGAGUCUCCACCAGUUGAGAUGAACGCUCACACUGGACGUUAUGAAGAAGGAGAAUCGGCCCCACUGCUCCCCUCAGACACUUGGAACUCUGGAUCUUAAUUACAUUAUAUCCCACUUCUGGACUUGAUGUUUGUUUGUUUUUCUAUAGUUUGUGUACAUGUUCUUUUUUUUUUUUUUUUAUCCUUGUCCCGAGAACUAUUUCUGUUGUACAGUUAAUUAUUUGUUCUUUUUUAUGUUAAUGUUUACUUCAAACUUGACUUGAUUUAAGUUAAAUUGUUUGACAUUUUGUUUUCUUAUUUUACAUUUCGCAGCAUUUAAUGUUUUUCACUUUUGUACUAAAUAAAUUAAGUGCUAAAGUU